AUCCUCGCUUCAUCCAUAAGGGGAAAACCCAAGGUCGAAAUUGAGGUGAUUGUUUACAUGUUGCGAAGGAGAAUGAAUCGUUGAGAGGGUUACAAAAAUGGAUAGAAAACCAGGGCAUUUGACGAAAAAUCCACAAGAUGCAGUUAAUGCACUGAAUUGGGUAAAAGUAGUUGGUGUUGGCAGUGCGUGUGUAGGUAAAACCUGUCUUGUCAAGCAUUUCUGUGAAAGUAAGUUCAGUGCUGGGUAUCAACCUACAGUUGGAGUAGAUUACGGAUUUAAAAUCCAGCAUUGUGAAGGCAUAGAUUUGAGAGUCCAUCUUUGGGAUCUGUCGGGCAGUACAGAAUACAUUGAUGUAAGAAAUGAACUUUAUAUCCAAGCAGAUGCUAUUUUUUUGGCAUUUGAUGUCACAAACCAAGCCACAUUUGAUGCCCUUGACUCCUGGCUUAAGGAAAUUCAGCGUUACACAACUGGAACACCAGAUCUCAUUGUUGUAGCUAAUAAGACUGAUUUAAAACAGAAAAGAGUAAUAAGUACAAAUGAAUCAAAGAAAUGGGCAAAUCAAAACAGAAUCAAAUAUUUUGAGACAUCAGCAGCGACAGGGGAUGGUGUUGAUAGACUUUUCCAAGACAUUUUAGUAACUAUCAUAGAAAGGAAAAAACUGUGGAAAAAAGCUAAUCCAACAGGCUGAAAACUGUAAUACUAACAAUUUAUCAAUGCAAAAAAGGCAACAGUUACUUUAAUAAAGUCAAUGACAAUUUAUGAAGUCAAAAGUUUAUUUAACUGUUCAGGCCAUCCUGAUUAAAAUACUCAGAACUUGUCUCAUGGUACAAUUAUAUUUUCAAAAUGAUUGUUUAAAUUGAAAAUUAUAUUUAUCAUGUUUAUAGAAUAUAUAUUUUCGUUUUCUGCAAUGUAUUUUUUUGGGUCCAAAAAUAGAUCUAAAACUUUUUAAUUAUCAUGAGUAAAAACAUGUCUUAGAAGAUUAAUCAAUUUUGUAGUGUAAAAGUUUGUAAAGUAUACGUACUCUUUGUCAUGUCAAUUUAUCAAAAUAUGCAUAAUGAAUCACAGACACUUGUUUUUUUAUGCUAAAGUUUAGAUAUU